AUGAGAGCGAAAACGAAGAGAAAGAUUCCUGAAUUGGAACAAAGAAAACUACUGGUACAAAUUGACAGGAAAGCAAAAGAGCGUAAAAUAGAAGAUGGCGACACUGGUACUUUGAUUGAAAAAGAAGAACGUGAAACAGGUUCGGUGUCGUGGAGAAUAUAUUUAGCAUAUAUCAAAGCGAUAAAAUACCCUCUGUUUGUGUUGACUAUUGUGAUGUACACAUUGCAGGGAGUUGCCCUCAUUUUAAAUAACUUCUGGUUAUCCGAUUGGUCCGAGUCGGGAUCAAAUACCGGUAACAAAACCCAGAACGAACUAGAUGCUGAGCUGGACUACUAUCUCAAGGGAUACGCUGCCUUCUCCUUCACAUACUUGGGACUUGCGGCUGCAGCUACAACUUUUCAUAUUAUGUUCGCACUUCUAGGCGCCAAACGUUUGCAUAUCAAGUUAUUACGUAACAUCGUACACGCUCCGAUGCGGCUCUUCGAUACGACUCCCAUCGGUAGAAUUAUGAAUCGAUUAUCCGAUGACACACAGACAGUAGAUCAGAGAAUAUGGAUAACUUUAUAUGGGAUACUAACGGCAGCGUCCAUCUCAGUCUCUACCAUUGUUGUCAAUACAGUCGUUUCACCAAUUUUCCUCGUUGCUGCUGUGCCAUUAGUUGUCACGUACGUUCUAAUCAUGCGACAUUUCCUGACUAGCGCCAGAGAAUUACAGCGCCUAGCCAGCAUAUCACGAUCGCCAGUGUUUGCUCACUUCUCUGAAACGCUCGGGGGUAUAACAACAAUUAGAGCAUACAGCAUUCAGCGACGGUUUUGGAAGCGGCUGUGUAGCACUGUGGAUAACAACAAUGUGGCGCUGUUGUAUAUGAAUACAGCUAAUCGAUGGGUUGGAACUCGUCUGGAAAGCAUCGGUGCGCUUAUUGUAUUUGCGGCUGGUUUGUCUGCACUUUUAACAUGCAUACUUGGAGAACUAGAACCAAGUUUGGUGGGACUGUCGUUGGCAUACGCGAUUUCUCUAUCUGGACACAGUUCAAUGCUGAUACGCCUUAUGGCGGAUUGUGAGAUGCAAAUGAAUGCCGUGGAAAGAAUAGAACAUUACACACAAUUAGAAUCGGAACAAUAUCAAGGUGUAUGUAUUCCACAUAGCAAUUGGCCAAAUAAAGGCGAUAUCAUCUUUGACAAUAUAUCGGUCCAAUACGCGGCUGGACUAGAUCCCGUUUUAAGUGACGUCAACGUUCACUUCAAAUCCGGACAGAAAAUCGGUAUAUGUGGUCGUACGGGGAGUGGCAAAUCGUCGCUGGCAUUAUCAUUAUUCAGGAUUGUUGAGAUCUGUUGUGGGCGGAUUCUGAUAGACGGCGUUGAUAUAAUGACAUUGCCGUUAUUGUCACUUCGUGGAAAGUUGGCGAUUAUUCCUCAGGACCCUGUGUUAUUUCAAGGAACUAUACGGUUUAAUCUUGAUCCAGAUAAGAAACAAAGUGAUGGUGAAUUGUGGGAAGCAUUGGAGAUUGCACAGUUGAAGUCGAUUGUUUCAGAGCUUGAUAGGAAUCUCGACGCACAAGUAUCCGAAGACGGUGAAAACUUCAGCGUUGGACAAAGACAGUUAUUUUGUUUAGCCAGGGCCUUUCUUAAAAAAUCUCAAAUUCUCGUGAUGGAUGAAGCUACAGCGUCAAUUGACUAUCAAACGGACAAAAUAUUGCAAGACGUGAUAUCUACAGUGUUUGCUGACAGGACCGUCAUCACCAUUGCUCAUCGUAUAUCUACAAUUCUCGACUCUGACGUUGUACUUGUGUUGAGUGAUGGCAAGGUUAUAGAAUAUGAUACACCACAGAAUCUACUCAAGAAGGAAGAUAGUAUGUUUGCCUCAUUAGUGAAAGGGAACAAAUAG